AUGGGAGAGGGUGCACCAGAAUCUUUGGUUCAAGAACAGGAACAUCACGCCAAAAUCGAACAACAGACUAAGGGAGAAAACGAAGCCCUGCCGGUGACGGAAGGAGCGUUAGCCGUGCCGGCCCAAGACCAGGACACCAGCGGCUGCAUCGACCUCGUGACGAUCAGCAAGCUCCGAGAACUGCCUCGACCAUCCUGGUGGACCGGAUCUCUAACGCUGGAAGAGCGCCAUGCACUCUGUCGAUCUGUUGCCGAAGAGUGCCUUCAAGAAGAGGAACUGUGGCGUCUCUUGGCACAGAAGCAAUCAGCGCCGGUUUGUUACGACGGCUUCGAGCCUUCUGGUCGUAUGCAUAUCGCGCAGGGCGUACAGAAAGCACUCAAUGUGAAUAAACUGACUGCAGCGGGCUGCGUAUUCAAGUUCUGGAUUGCCGACUAUUUCGCACAGCUGAACAACAAGCUGGGCGGCGAUCUGGAAAAGAUUCGCACUGUAGGUCGCUAUUUUAUCGAAGUCUGGAGAGCUUGCGGCAUGGAUAUGGAGCGCGUCGAGUUCCUCUGGGCGUCCGAGGAAAUCGCCAAACGCUCGACGGAGUACUGGACGCUGGUGAUGGAUAUUGCGCGCCGCAAUUCACUGGCGCGAAUCAUUCGAUGCUGCCAGAUUAUGGGACGCAAUGAGUCUGAUGAACUUUCCGCUGCGCAAAUUCUCUAUCCCUGCAUGCAAUGCGCGGAUAUAUUCUUUCUCCGCGCUGAUAUCUGCCAGCUCGGUAUGGACCAGCGCAAAGUCAACGUGCUUGCUCGAGAGUACUGCGACAUGCGCAAGCUCCCUCACAAGCCAGUUAUUCUCUCCCAUCGGAUGAUGCCUGGCCUGAAGCAGGGCCAGGAGAAGAUGUCCAAGUCAGAUCCGGACUCGGCUAUAUUCAUGGAAGACACUGAAAUCGAAGUCAAUACCAAAAUCAAAAAGGCAUUUUGCCCUCCGGGCGUGGUAGAGGGUAAUCCGUGCAUCGAAUAUUUGCAGUACAUGGUUAUGCCGAAGCUCGGGGGAUUUUCGGUAGACCGACGCCCCGAACACGGUGGCUCCGUCCAUUACGCUGCUUUUGACGACCUGGCCCGUGACUAUGCUUCUGGUGCUUUGCAUCCGUCGGACUUGAAACCGGCGCUUGCACGAGCCUUGAAUCUUAUUCUGCAACCUGUACGCGACCACUUUGAACGCAACCCCGAGGCGAGACAGCUCCUCGAGAAGGUGCGACGCUACCGCAGUAAAGCGUGA